AUGCCAUUCGACUAUUUCCAGCCCAGUCCAGCCAGACAGUUUCUCAGUCUCACUAAGAAAUCACGUGUGACUGGAGGGCAAAUAAAUACGGCCUUUCAGAGACUCAAGCCUCUCCAACCAGAUGAUUUGAUCGGUGAAUGGGACGGAUAUAUUCUUACCACUGGCCACCCAUUUGAAGAAAAGCUGGACGAUCUCAAUUGGUUCGGCAAUACAUUUUAUUCCUUCGACGAUGUGACCCCGUUGAUCGUUGCACGAAAUGGGGAACGGGUGCCCUUUGAGGAUUGGGGGCGUGCAUCUUUGCGGGAGAUCAAGUAUGAUGGAGUCGUUUCUGCGGCGUUGGUCUACGAUGAGCGGCCCAUAAUGGUUCACUACCGGGCUGUGAAACGUAGUCCCUGCCGACACGAGGAUGUCGUCUGGGCAAAUUAA